AAAUCUUAACCACCGAAAAGCCUUAGAAAUGUCAAAUACUCAGUGCGAGUGAACGCCGCUCUGUAGAUGGCCAAAUCGUCCACAACGGGUUCUGUAGGCAGUGGUAGAAGCACUUCCACCGGUGGUGCCUCUCCCUCUCUUGUCCUACACCCGUCUCCCUGCUUAAAAUGCGCACCCUUCUCAACUCCAAUUUCAUCUUCUCUCUUCCAUCUUCGUCCUCGUCAUCAUCACCUUCUUCUUCCUCUUGUUAUUGCAACUCAUCGCUCUACAGCUUCAGACCCACAACAAACAAGCGCUUUCACUUCCUCAAGCCAUGCUCUUCUCUCAAGCAAACGAAGAAGCAACAGAGGAAUCUCCAGAAGAGCAGUGCCCCACAGAGCUUGAAGGGGUUCUUGAAUCCAAAGGGAAACGAUGACAACGAUGAUGCCAGUGUUGAUCAGGCUAAGGGAGAUGGUGAUGGUGAAGGCAGAUUCGAAGGAGAAACUGCUUUCAAAGGUAUCCUUUUGGCUGGAGUGUUGCUUGUGGGCGUUGUCGGUGGAUUUGGCACUGUUGGCUUUGUCUACAAGGACCAGAUCAAUGCAUUCUUAAACCAGUUCUCGGAAUUCAUCGAAGGUUAUGGCCCUGCUGGAUAUGCCUUAUUUGUAGCAGUUUAUGCAGGAUUGGAGGUCCUUGCAAUUCCAGCUAUUCCGUUGACAAUGUCAGCUGGUCUUCUUUUUGGCUCCCUUAUUGGGACCAUCGUAGUCUCGAUUGGUGGGACGGUGGCAGCAAGCAUUGCCUUUUUAAUUGCUAGAUAUUUUGCUCGUGAGCGUAUUCUCAAACUAGUCGAAGGAAACAAAAAGUUCCUUGCAAUUGACAAGGCAAUUGGAGAAAAUGGGUUCAGAGUUGUCACUCUCCUUCGUUUGAGUCCUUUGCUUCCAUUUUCUUUGGGCAAUUAUUUAUAUGGAUUAACAUCUGUAAAGUUUGUACCUUACGUCUUGGGAAGUUGGUUGGGGAUGCUUCCAGGAACGUGGGCUUAUGUGAGUGCCGGAGCAUUUGGGCGAGCAAUUAUUCAAGAAGAAUCUGAUGUCGGUUUGCCUGGAGGUAAUGGUCAGCUGUUGACGGUGGGACUGGGACUGUUAGCCACAGCACUGGCUGCGGCUUAUGUGACUCGACUUGCAAAGGAAGCUGUAAAAGACAUGGAAUAGCCACUGAAGUGGUGGUUCUUACCCACCUUGAGCUUGAAAAUACAGUAUGAAGUUGUAAACUGACAGGAGGCACGUUACUAGCAUGUAAAUUUAAAUGUAUAAGAUUAACAUUUAAAUCAAAAAAGAAAUUUUCCAUUUUUUAUUCUAUACUGAAUUUUCUUUUACGAGUGGUAUGUGUAUCAUCUAUCAUCUUGU